AUGUUUCUUCCAACUUGAUCCUUUAACAGAAAACACUACUCAUAUAGAGAGAGAGAGGAGAGGGAAAGGAAAAGAAAGGAAAGAAAAGGAAGGAAGGAAAGAAAGAGUGAGAAAACAAAAGAUGACAACCACCAUCAUGAAUCACAAUAAGGUUGAUCAAGAUCACAUGGCACUCCUCUCUCAAUUGUACUACACACAAAUGGUUCCACAGCAAGGUGAGCCAAAACCACGACGCAGGCGAAAGAAGAACAAAGGAGCAGAAAAUGGAGUCACUGGUGCCAAGAAAAGGAAACUCAGUGCUGAUCAAGUUAAUCUUCUUGAGAUGAAUUUUGGUAACGAACAUAAGCUUGAGUCUGAAAGGAAAGAUAAGCUUGCUUCAGAGCUUGGACUUGAUCCUCGUCAAGUUGCUGUCUGGUUUCAGAACCGUAGGGCUCGCUGGAAGAACAAGAAGCUUGAAGAAGAAUACACUAAGUUGAAGACUGCCCAUGAGACUAAUAUUAUUGAGAAAUGCCGCCUUGAAUCUGAGGUUUUGAAACUUAAAGAAAAACUGUUAGAAGCAGAGAAAGAGAUUCAACGAUUAACAGAAAAGAUUGAUGGAGUUUCAAGUAAUAGUUGUAGUUCGACUCUGUCGAUGAACACACCAUUUCUCGGAGAAUUUGGAAUGGAAGGAAUUGGGGAUAUUUUUUAUAUGUCGGAAACUAAUUACAUUCACGGCAUGGAAUGGUCUAAUCUCUAUGUAUAAUUAGUUUAAUUAAUUUUAAUUAACUAAUUAUGUAGAUAGUAGCUCUGUAAACCAAUCUAAUCUUGUAAAUUUGAAUCUAUCUAGUCACUAGUUAUGCUUAUUGAAAUGUUUAAUUAAUUAAUUAGA